UGCGGUGGGGGUGUAGAUGUUGUGAGGCGCUCAAAGUGCACCACAACAUCCACCGCCUCUACCGUAGCGUUGGCAAAUAACUCAUGUGCCGCCCCCAUCCCACUACCGCCCAAGAAGCAUCAACGUUCCUCCUCCAGCGGAAGGGAACCCCGUGAAUCGGCUGUACCGGCGCCUCCCUACAACGCCAACAAAUGUGAUGAGCAUGAAUACGAUGAGUAUUGUCCGGGGGCGUAUGAGCCCCAAGGUGGCCAUCACCAGCAGUCCUCAAGGCAAACACAUGUGUCCACCACCUCCAGCUCAACAACAACCAAGUACCAACAAAGGUCGGCCACCUUCGAUGUAGCCGAUGCCAGAGAGUACGAGCUGAAAAGGCUGGGAAAUCGACGAUCACAAUCACAACAGGCCAACAAUCUGAAACUGAAUCGCAAUGGCGGCGUGAUGAGCGGCGAACACCACCGCGGCGAAAGGACUCAUGAUCGCGAACGCAGUCGUAGCGACCAUCGCAUUGCCAGUUAUGCGUGCGACGAUACCGCCAUGAUGGGCCAUGGCUAUUCGGCCAACAUGGGUAACGGGGGCCUGGGUCAUCACAACCACCACCAGCAGCAGCAGCAGCACCAACAACAGCAGCAGCGACAGCAACAACGUCGCGAAAAAACGUUCAAAGUAUGAUUUUUAGAGACGUCAUAAAAAUUUAGCCCCACUACCGAGGGGUCACCAACACCGAAACGGGUGCAAACCAUCUAUGUGGCCACGUGGUGAACACUGAAAGCUGCUGAUUGAUACAGCAACAGAGUAGCUGUGCCCGCAGUCGUCUAGGGAAUGAUAUUCAUUCUACAAUUAGCGGCUGCACACGGACACACACACGACGUUUACCCUUGCAUAGAUCUGGCUUGGUUGGUGACUGGUAAAAGGUAACCAAAGUGGUGGCGGCAAACAGGAGCGGUUUCCUCAUAAUAAUAAUAGGUAAUUUGAAACAAAACGGAUGAAUGAUUUGUGGCUUUUAUGUUAAAACAAAAUGAUGAAUUGGCUGUAAUGCAAACUUAGUUUAUCCCAUGUCCUCGCUCACUAUCUCACUCUCUCGCUUAACGAAGAAGAGGUAACGGCGUAGACGACAACGAUGCUGACGCCGACACUAAACGCCGAUAAUGUGUAGUUAGAAGUUUUAGAAGGCAAUUCGAAAAACACAGAGCCACCCAGAGCUGUGAACAUUGAAAACGUAUUUAAGUGUAAUUUAGAGUGUUUGUUUUUAAUUGGUUAACAUCCUACUACUAUUACUACUACAAUGUAUGUAUUUCUCUCUCUCUCUCUAUCUCUAUAUUAAACUAUCUGUCUAUCGAUCUCGAUGACUCUCUAGUAACAACUAUCUCUCUCUAAGUGUUAUGUAAAAUUUUAUUUGUUGUUUUUGUAAUAAUGUAAGGACAACCAAUUGUUGUUGUAGUGGAGUUUCAAUUGUGACAAUUUAUUAAGAAAAAAAAUUUAAUCACCCUACACACGCAUACACUCAUGUCACAUCUCAUUAACUUGUAUGAAUCAUUAUCAUAAUUCCUCUUGUCCCCCUCCCACCUAUCAUGCUCAAAUUCAAUUAAAUUAUUCCAACCACAACUAACUGACUAACACACCUUACAUGCCCACCUAUCAAUUGACAACAGUGGAAAAUCUACAAAAACAACACACAAAAUAUACAUGUUCUACUUAAACACACAACAACAAACACAUACAAGAGAUAUAAAUAGAAAAUUAAAAGAUUGUGAGAAAUAUAUAUAUAUAUAUAUAUGUGACUCCAUCUCUCGCUCUCUUUAUUAAUAACGGAAUCGUUUUCACUCUCUCUUAAACUGUUUGCUACACAAACUCACUCACUUGUAAUGUCUUUCAUAAGGAGUGAGAUUGUUAGUAACUCUGGCAAUAAUGGACAAAGCUAAAACAAUUUCUUCCCUCUUAAUUAAUGUACAUCCAUUGUGUAUGUUACACCCCCGCCAUUAUUCCGAUGGAUCUGAUGUUACUCUUAAGUUAAAUGUUGCCAUUUGCUUAG